AUUUUGAUUUCUGCGAUUCGCUGGGAAGUGGUUUGUUUUUUUAUCUGUAGAAAAACGCUCAAAGUUCACAACUAUGCAAAUUUGUCGAGCAUGUGGUCAAAGUCUUUUUGGCCAGGACAAAUGUGAGGAUUUCCAGAAAUACGUUAAUAUUUACUAUCAUCUUACAACUAUACAGUUGCGCGAACGUAGUGAUCUGAGUGGCCUGAAAGUGUGUAGUCAAUGUGCCCACAAAUUACAAGAAUUUGACUGUUUUCGGAAGGUUUGUCUACAGGUUCACUGGCGAUUGCAUGAUGUGAAACUUGAACCACCGGAUGACGAUUACGUUUACGUAGAAUUGGAGUGUAAAGCGGAAGAUACAAACGAUCAGAUCACUGGAAGUUUUGAAGCUAACGAGAACGACGGCGAUGAUGACGACGACGAUGACAAACCCCUUAUGGCAUUGCGUAAAGUAAUUUCGACAAAAUCUUUAUCGCUGGCAACGGAAAAAGUAAUUAAAUCAGAAGAUGGUGAAAUUAUUCCCUCAAAGCCGAAUAAAAAGCGCGCAAAAUGGGGUAGCUUGAAGAAGCCAGCAGAACCGAGGGAACCGUUGCAGACAUACAGCUGUGAUCGAUGUCCUCGGAAAUUUCGGGUGCUGCUUCGUUUGAAUGCACAUAAGCGAACCCACGACGGACUCAAGCCUUUCGAAUGCAAACUAUGUGGGAAAGAUUUUGCAAAAUGGAACAAUUUAAAGUCGCAUCAUAUUCAAAAGCACACCGAAGACAAAAUUGCAAUACCCUGUGAGCAUCCGGGUUGUGGCCAAACCUUUGCCACAAGGCAGGGUCUAAAGCGUCAUCGGUUGCGAACGCACGAUCCAAAUUACGUGCUGCCCGACCCUACAAAAUUCGUUUGUGACAGUUGCGGAAAGACGUUUUCGACCAAUGGAGCUUUGAAAAAACACCAGUAUGUGCACACCCCGAACGAGAUGCCUUUUGUUUGUGGACUGUGCGGCAAGAAGUUCCCGACGUCGCACAAGUUGAAGGAGCACACAAUGCGGCAUGAAGGCAUCAAGAAUCAUACCUGCCCGUUUUGCGGUUUGCGAAAGACAACUAUGCACGAACUUAGAAGUCACAUCGCCAACGUGCACUCGAGAGCUCGGUCAUAUACAUGCGAUAUCUGCUCAUCAGUUUUUACUAACAUCGGCAACCUUAAUCGACACGUUAAAAUUGUCCAUCUUGGUUUGAAGCCGUACAGCUGUGCAGUCUGCAACAGGCGUUUCGGAAAAAGUGAUCAUCUAAAGCGACACAUGAAAAGUCACAAUUACACUUCAUCCAGCCCACGCUCAUUGCAACCUGAAACUCAACAAACAUCAAUUGAACAAGAACCGGGUUUGCCGGCAAUGGUAAUUCCGGACGCAUAAAGCGUGAUUCAGACGAUACAUCAGCUUCCGUCAACGUCAACGGAACGUCACCGUUCCGUCAGGAUAAGUUAAAUACUUUUCUCUUGCGUCCGUUCAUACAUGCCGUACGUCAAAACGUUCCGUGCCGUUGAUGUUGUGUGUGAAUGCCUCCAUUUAACUGCAUGUAACUUAUCCUGACGGAACGGUGACGUUCCGUUGACGUUGACGGAAGCUGAUGUAUCGUCUGAAUCGUCCUUAACACACUAUAAUUCAGUCAUAACCAUUUGUAUUGUAAUAAAUUGCUGGGGUAUGGAUCUUCUUUACUUUCUAUUUAUAGGAGACUUGAUUUAUAUGUGACGGAAGAAAUCU